AAGGAAUGUCAUACCUUUUUCAUAUUCAUGUACAUGUCUAUAAAGUUACAGUUCCAUUUUACUGUGUGUGAACCAAGAUGCUGCCUUCCUCUGGUUGUAUAAUUCACUGUUAUCUACAAAUAGUUACACAUUUUCCUACUGUAUCAGUCAUAUUCCUAAAUGAUUAUUACAUCACUCAUUCCAGACCUACAUGCUGUGGGACCAGGGUGGGAGCGGAUCUAAAUUUGUGUAACUACUUUUUGUGAAAAUCUGUACAUUUCACAGAGUAUACUCUGCUGUUAUGAGUCCCACAGAAUCUUCUGAAGCUGGCUAUAGGGCAGCUAUCCCCAUCUUCUGCAGCACUGUAAGAACCUGGCAAAGCAAAAAAUCUGACAAAUUUGCCAGAAAAUAAGUCCAGAAGAAGAAGAGCAGGGUGUUUAACUUUUUACCUUUUAAAUUUUUCAGAAUACUUUAAAACCCCAUUUAAGUGGUGUGGAUACCUUCCAAUCUUAUAGCAGUGGUAUUUGCUCACCCUCACCUCUGCAACUACCCACACACAGCUACUGCUCCCUCUUUAAUAUAGGACAAUUUGAGGCACAGAUAGCUCCCAAGCCACAUAUCCUGUCAAAUAGACCCAAAAUCUUUGGGAACAGAACUUCCUCUAUUGAUUUUGUGCCAGUCAGGCACUAAACUGUAGUUUGGGUCUUGAUUCACUGCUGCCUUGGGCCAAAGACAGGCCAGGAUUAUCUGGCUGUUCCUUUAAGGGUGCUGAAAGAAAGCCAGCUGGAGGCCUUUCCAAAGGAGGUGUCAGAGCAAGCUGUAACACCAGAAGAACAGGAAAAGCACAAAACCCAAACAGAGUCCAGUAUCUGCAAUACACACAGGACAGCCAGAAGUGAGACUGGGAAUACUAAAAGGAGGCUUUUCCCUUGGAAGUAAGAAAGGAAGAGCUCCAGCACAGAAGCUGUGCUGCAGAGGCCAUGGGCUGCUGGAAGCAAGAGAAACCCAACACCUGGGCUUUUCCCACCCUGAUCCUCUGCCUCUAUGGAUUCUUCUACAUGAUGAAACCAUCAGAACCUUUCCUAACACCCUAUCUAACAGGACCAGAUAAAAACCUGACCACAGAUGAGGUUACCAACCAGAUUCUGCCAGUGUGGACAUACUCCUACCUCGCUCUCCUUUUCCCAGUGUUCCUGCUCACAGACUACGUGCGCUACAAGCCCGUCCUCCUCCUGCAGGGCAUCAGCCUCAUCGUCACGUGGCUCCUGCUGCUCUUUGCACAUGGAGUGCUGGCCAUGCAGCUGGUGGAAUUCUUCUACGGCAUGGUCACAGCCACCGAGGUGGCCUAUUACGCCUACAUCUACAGCGUGGUCAGCACCCAACACUACCAGAGGGUCACCAGCUACUGCAGGAGCGUCACUCUGGUGGCAGCCACCGUGGCCGCCGUGCUGGGGCAGCUGCUGGUGUCCUUAGCGGAUGUGUCCUACUUCUACCUCAACGCCAUCAGCUUGGCUUCCGUGUCCCUGGCGUUCCUGUGCGCCUUCUUCCUGCCCAUGCCCCAGAGGAGCAUGUUCUUCCACAGGAAAGAUGCCCCUGAGCCUGUGCCAGGGCCUGCCAAAGGGCCGGCUGUGAGCGCUGCCCGCAGGCCCUCGAGCUGCCAAGAGGAAAGGAGCCCCGAUCCUGCUGCCAGGGCCCCGGGCCCCCAGCCCCGGGCUGGCAAUGCCGGGCCCCUCAGGCACACGCUGAGCGUGCUGCUGCGGCUGGGCAGGGACCUGAGGGAUUGCUACGGCUCCCGCCAGCUCCUCUACUGGUCCCUGUGGUGGGCUCUGGCCACGGCCGGCUUUAACCAGGUGGUGAAUUAUGUCCAGGUGCUGUGGGACUUCCGGGCCCCCUCGCACAGCUCCGCAGUGUACAACGGAGCUGUCGAGGCAAUAGCAACGUUUCUGAGCUCAGUAACAUCUUUCCUAGUACAAUAUCUGAAGAUUAACUGGGACCAUUUUGGAGAACUGGCUUUAGGGAUCUUCUCUGCAAUAGAUGCUGGUUGUCUGUUUCUCAUGCACUUCUCUACCAGCAUCUGGGCAUGUUAUGCUGGAUAUCUCAUUUUCAAGGCAUGCUAUGUGCUCCUCCUGACAAUAGCAACAGAAAGCAAGGAAGCAAACAAACAAAUGAAGCACCAUUUCCUCUGUCCUUGAUGCAUCAUCUCCAUGAAUAAUUUUCUCUUCAUCAACUGCUAGACAGCAAUAGCUUUUCCCGUGGGAAGUGACUGACCUGCCAGUUUCCCGUUAGGUUCCAGAUUGCCGUCAAUCUGAGCAUGGAGCGCUAUGCC